CAUGAGCUUAGUAUGGUGAAGCACCACUGUACAGAUAAGUUUGUGGUUCUUUAACGUUGUGUUUUCGUAAACGUUCAGAGGCGUAGAUAGUGAUUUUAAAAUGUGGAAGUAAUUCAUUAAUCGAUUGAAUGAAACGUAAUGUUGAAUUAGUGUAAAUAAUUGAAGGUAUCAUCAAUUUAUGUUGUGAACGUUAUCGAUCCAUAAAUCCGCGUCAUCGAGACGGAAUAAUGGCAGAAGAAGGGAAGAAAAUCUCCUUCGGAUUCGCGAAAUCAAUUAAAAAGCCCGUGUUGAAAACUAAUGUUCCUCAAGAAACGAAGAAAGUCGAUUACAUAGAGUGUUUAGACGAGAAAGCUAUCAAAGUAAUAGGCGAAGAAGAUAAAAAAGAUGAACCUUUGGUCAUACCAUUAUUGGGUUCUAAAACAUGGCACGAUAGAAUUCUUAAUAAAAUUGAUGCAGAUAUUUUUGAGCCCAAGGUAACAAAGGAAGAAGUAGUAAAAAUCAAACAGGAAGACACGUCAGAGCUGACUAAUGGCAAUGCAAUGCCAAAAGAUAUUGUUAAGAUAAAAGAGGAACCAUUAGACGAGGAGGAAAAGAAAGUCAUUACCUUGGAGGAACAGGCUGCUAAAGAGAUCAUUGCGGAUCUGAAAUCUAACGAGAAACAAGAGACUCAGAUACAGGCACUGACUUUGCCAAUAGUGGAUGAGCAGUCUCUCAGAGGCCAACAACAGUCAACAUUAGAGGACUAUGAAAAAAUUCCUGUGGAUGCUUUUGGACUAGCAAUGUUAAGGGGAAUGGGAUGGCAACCUGGCAAAGGAAUUGGUAAAAAUGAAAAAGUUGUAUCUGCUGCGAUACCAGAAUUGCGUCCUAAAGGUAUGGGACUGGGUGCAGACAAAGUAACGUUGCAAAAGAAAAGUACAGAUACUAAGAAACAAGAAGAAGAACUGAAAAUUGAGAAGGGCACAUUCGUGAAAAUCAUUGCUGGCAAGCAAAGUAAUAAUUACGGUCAGAUAGAAGGAUUCGACGACGAUGCUGGAAGACUUAUAAUAAAACUGGCUCUUGGAGGGAACAUCAUAUCCGUGAAUGAGUUCAUGGUGCAACCAGUAACAAAGUCGGAGUAUUCGAAGAAUGCGAAAGUUCUAACAUUCCGUUUGGCGCUAGUACAGCUCGCUGUCGGUGAAAAUAAAUCGGCGAACAUAGCAGGGGCAGUUUCUUUCAUCGAACUUGCGAAACAACAAAAGGCCGAUAUUGUUGCAUUGCCUGAAUGCUUCAAUUCACCGUAUGGAACAUCACAUUUCGCAAAAUACGCGGAGAGCAUUCCAGACGGUGAAACGAGCGUUGCAUUAUCGGAAGCAGCCAAGAAGAACAAUGUUUAUGUUAUCGGUGGCACUAUACCUGAAAGAGAAACCAAUAAAUUAUUUAAUACCUGUACCAUUUGGGCUCCUGAUGGGACUUUGGUUGGAAAACACAGGAAGAUGCAUUUAUUCGACAUCGAUAUCCCGGGAAAAAUGACUUUUCGCGAGAGCGAUUCCCUCAGUCCCGGAAACUCAUUAACAACAUUCGAGAUGAAGGGCUGUAAAAUAGGCAUUGGCAUUUGCUAUGACAUAAGAUUCGAGGAGAUGGCACGUCUCUACAGGAAUGAAGGUUGCCACAUGCUGAUAUAUCCGGCGGCAUUCAAUAUGACCACCGGUCCACUGCACUGGUCGUUGCUGCAACGUUCCAGAGCAAAUGACAAUCAAUUAUACGUCGCUUGCGUAUCGCCGGCCCGCGGUUCUCCUCCUGGUUAUGUCGCAUGGGGCCAUACUCAACUGACCAACCCGUGGGGAGAAAUUCUUCACGAGCUGGACGCUGCCGAGGACAUGGUUGUCGCCGACAUAGACCUGAACAUCGUAAAUGAAGUGAGAGCUCAAAUCCCGACGUUCUCUCAGAGACGCACCGAGUUGUACGAUACUGUUUGGAAAAAGGACUGAAACAAUAUCGUGCCAGAACAUUGAACGUACCCUAAAACUGCUACGUUGGACCUGAAGAUUUUCUGCAUUUAGUGUACAUGUAAUGUCAAAUAAAUCGCAUGUAUAUGCAACGACGAUAAUGAAAAA